AUUCCCAGUAACUCUUGUAGUAGUUUCGUAUCGCUUUCCGUUGCAUCUGAGCACCUUCUCAAUCAACGCUGAGCAGUUGCAGUGUUUUCUGAGUUGUUGGUUUCCUGAUUUGCUGACUUUGCCACGUGCACGUGGUCAAUUUAUCUACCUCGGCUGUACUGUAUGCACUUCCCUUGCGCUACUAGUUUAAAACUUUCCCCUCGUCGUUCUCCUAGACUCCUGGUCGAUUAAUUAUUGUACCAGAGUUAUCUGGUGCUCCUGGUUUACUGCCUUCUCGUUGGUCGCGGGCUCGCUUUCCACCCCGUAUCCACCUACCGUGGGUGUUCCGGCGGAGCAAGUUCACUAGUUGCACCACCCGCUUACAGGCUUCCCUGGGCCCAUCUCUUACUCUCAACUAUGAAUUUUCCUGCUGGCCUCCUACGAAACAAUUCAGCUGUCUCAUCACUUCGUCGCAGAGGAAUCUCCAUUCGUCAUGUCGUGUUCGCAUUUGCCCUUUGCAUAUCAUUACUGACAAUCUACUUCAACUACCUCCCACAUACCGGCUACUCGUUUUCCACCGAUGUCAUUUACUACUCUCAAGAGACACCAGGCGUGUGGGCAGAAAGAUCCGUCCAAGUUAGAAACGCAUUCUUGCAUGCAUAUCAUGGUUAUGAACGCUUCGCUUUCCCGAGGGAUGAGCUUUGUCCCGUAUCGAACGGCAGUAUCGAUAAUUUCAAUGGAUGGGCCGUCACUGCAGUUGACUCCCUUGACACGAUGCUUAUAAUGGGCUUGGACCAAGAGUAUAAGCGCGCAAUGUCAGCCGUACACAAUACAAACUUUUCCCUACCAACGAAUACCCACGUGCCAUUCUUUGAGACCGUCAUACGUUACCUUGGCGGCCUCCUCUCCGCUUAUGCACUGAGUAAAGACGACAUAUUGCGCACUCGUGCUGAUGAACUUGGCACAAUAUUGUCUCCUGCAUUCAACACUUCCAGUGGUUUUCCUACGUUUUCCGUAAACACAAUCCGAGGUACCCACGACGGACCUAAAAUCGGAGGCUUGGCAGAAAUUGCAAGCUAUCAAAUGGAAUACGCGUAUCUCGGUAAGAUUACUGGUAAGAAGGAACAUGUCGAUCGAGCUACGACCGCCACGCGUAACUUUUACAAUGCCAAAUUGCGAGACCACGGCGGUAUGUAUCCGAUGCAUUGGAAUUUGUCGUCGGGACAGUCAAAAGACGCACGCCUUUCCGUUGGUGCAGCUUCCGACAGUGCUCACGAGUACACCCUCAAGCAGUACCUAAUGACUGCUCGCAAGGACAAGGCAAACCUUGAGAUGUACCUCCGCUUCACCUCCCACGUUUUUAAUAACUUGAUGUUCAUCUCGCCGAACCGCCACCUUCUGUAUGUCACGGAUUCAAACUUGUACAUGAGCGGUAAUCGCCCCUCACACAACUUCGAGCACCUAUCUUGCUUUUUCCCUGGCCUACUCGCCCUUGGGGCUCACACUCUUCCGCUUAACAAUCUCGAAGAGGUUGGACUAAACUUCACCGAGCUUGCGGAUGACCUGCUUCCCAAACACAAGAUGGGCUAUGAGGAACUCGCCUCGUUCAAUCUUGCAGAUUUGCACCUAUGGGCUGCCGAAGGGCUAGCACAGACCUGUUACCUGACUUACGCCGACCAGCCGACAGGGUUGGGACCCGAUGUCGUCACUAUGCUAUCUGGCGGCGUACGUCCCGAGAUACCGUGGAUGGACGCUAUGCAAGACUGGAAGGCAUCUGGUAGUAAAGGUCCCCCACCUGGAGUAGGAGAUAAGCGCCCUUGGGUAGGAGAUGUCACCAAUAGGAAUGCGCGAGAGCGUGAGAUGGCCUUCGCCAUGAGAGACUAUCACAUUCGGAGUGCUGUGUACCAACUGCGACCUGAGACUGUGGAGUCGCUUUACAUCCUCUAUCGCGUCACUGGCGAUGUGAAAUGGCGGCACCGCGGAUGGGCCAUCUUCCAGGCCAUCGAACGCGAAGCGAAGACUCCUUCGGGGUACGCCAACGUUGGCAAGGUGCACUCCUCCGACCCAGAACAGCUUGACUCGAUGCCUAGCUUUUUCUUGGCCGAAACUUUGAAGUAUCUCUAUCUUCUCUUCCGAGAAGACGACAUCGUGCCCUUGGAUCAAUGGGUGUUUAAUACGGAAGCUCACCCACUACCUGUCUUUGAAUGGACUCAAGAAGAGAAAGAAGCUUAUGGUGUGCCAUGAUAUGUACUCUAGACGUCCCCGCUAUCCGGCACUUACGUUACACGACCUAUCAGCAUGGCGAUCUUCGUUAAAUAAUUCUCGCAUUGUGUCGUUAUCGUUCACCGUUUUCUAUCGUGUCCUUUUUUAAAGCUACUAGCAUACAUAGCUCAAGCUACUUUGGGCGGGCUCGUCGAGGGGCUAGUUGGUGGGCCGGCCGGUCCGGAACAAAGUUUAUCAUGAUAGAGUCUGUUCACUUAGCUGUUAGACG